CGACGCGCAAGCACAUAUGAGCUCGUCGACCAUUCAGCCGCGGACUGCACCACCGCCCGCACCCGUGGGUCAAGAUCGCAUGUACUGGCUCGCGGGUUUCAAAUCCAACAAGAAGGGCGGUCUUGUCUUCGAAGACAAGGUCGUUCUCAAGAAACAGCAAGGCGUCGUGAAGGACGUCAUGGUGCAACUGGGCGCGCAGCUUCUGAGCGGCAAGCUCGCCGUGCGGCUUUCGCUUCCGAUUCGCGUCUUUGAGCCGCGGUCGCUCCUCGAGCGGGUCGCGGAAGCCUGGUCGUAUGCACCAACGUAUUUAACCAAGGCCGCAACGACCAAGGACGCUGUCGAGCGCAUGACCAGUGUCAUGGCCUUUGUCGUCAGCGGUCUUCACUGCUGCGUCAACCAAAACAAACCGUUCAACCCGAUCUUGGGCGAAACGUACGAGAGCAGCUUGCACGACGGCACGCUGAUUUACAUGGAGCACGUGCAGCACCACCCGCCGGUCGCAGCCUUCCUUGUCCUCGGGCCCAAGGACUCGUACUCGCUCCAUGGGCGGUACGAAUUCGAGUCGUCCAUGUCGGGCAACACGAUCACCAAUUUUCAAAACGGCACGACGACGUUCGAGUGUCCGAACGGCAAAGUAAAGUACGAACUGCCGCAGCUCAAGAUGGGGGGCGUCAUGCUCGGCGAUCGCCUCGUCGAGUGGACGGGCGUCGCACGCUUCGCCGACGCGACAGCCGGCCUCGGCGGGUCGCUGGACUUUGAUGGGAACGAUGGCAUUUUUGGCCGGUCGGCCGGCGACGACAUCAAGGGCUCGAUCCACAACCUCAAGAAAGGGACCAAGCCCAGCGUCCACAUCAAGGUCCAAGGCUCGUGGCUCUCCCAGCUGCGGUUUGAUGGCAACGUCGUCUGGGACGUGACGACCGAGCCGUUGGCGCUACCCGUGCCUGUCCCACACGCGCUCCCGUCCGACUGCCGGUACCGGGACGACCUCGCCGAGCUCCGAGCCGGAGAGACCGAGAAAGCCCAGGCGAGCAAACUCCGUUUGGAGGAGCUGCAACGCCACGACAAGAAGCUGCGCAGUGACAAGCCCAAGCCGAAUAAAAAGUCCAACAAAUGAA